CAGGUAUUGUUUUUGGAAAUUGUUUUUGUUUUUGGAAAUUGAAUUUCAAUCUCUAAACGGAGAGAGGCGGAGACCUGUUGAAGACCCGAACAGACAAGAAGUAGGAGAAUUUGUGGAAAGGACAAUGUCUUCCUCUUCUCCUGUUCAAAGACGAUCAAUCGGCAGUGCCGAGAUUCAUUUUAUUGACCUUAAUCAGCCUUACUAUACUACUGUGAUCAUAAUUGAUGCGUACGAUACGAUCAUCGGCUCUUUGCCAGGUUCAAAUGCAUGAUGCGUCAGUUGUGUUUCUGUCGAGUGACGAGGAAAGUGAGUGUUCUCUUGAUGCGCCCACAACUGCCUACCUGAGCGAAGAUGAGUCGCAGGCCAAUGUCAUUCUCAGUCAGACGCGAAGAAACCCUGGGUUGCAGCUUCAAGCAGAGACCUCUGAGACUUGCCACAUGCGCAUGCCACAGUUCAGUGCUCAAGUUUACCUGGGAAGAUCAAUAUCAACACAAUCUUCGUCAACAACGGCAUCUGAAGCAACUGGACAAAAACGACAAAUCGCUAGACAAAUCGAAAGACAAAUCGCUCAUCCAGAGACCAAGUCCGUCUUGUCACUGCCAGGAACUCUUGAGUCAGUUCAGCCGCAAGCAUCAAUUGGUGCAUCGAUCAUUCGCAGUGCAAAUUCGAUCGCAGUAUCCACUGCAGCUUCAGUUUCAGGUGCACAAAGCUCAGACCUCAGUUCGUCAAUUAUGGCUAAAAAAUUUAAAUGUGCCAAAUUUCAUCGCGAGUAUAUCCACAAAGCCAGGCUGCUGAGGCAUUAUAAAGCAUCGCCUUCUUGUAAUGGUCUGAACCCAGCUUCGCAAAUCCAGACACGAGAUCCAGGGUACUUUGAUACAAAACAGUGCCGAUUGUGUGGAGCUGCGGAUUUUUUCUUUGGAACUGUACAAGAAACCAGGAGACAUUACAGGGAACAGCACCCUAUUACGUGCAUCGAAUGCGCGCUGAGAUGUUACGAUGAAAGAGACAGAGAAGUGCACGAAAGAGAACACCAUGGACUUUCGUACAGCUUGGAAGACGAGGAACAGGAGCUUCCGGCUGUCGAAAGCCGACUGGCAGCUACUGAAGCUCCCGUGAGGCCUCUUUCCCAAUCACUGUGUCUCAAUUUACCCUCUGCCAUGGACGCUUUGAUAAAAACUACAUCCGUUACAAGCGAAAGUGAUCAACAUUCUUCGAGUGAGACAAUACCGAUCGAGCCUCGCAUCAGUGUGAAGAAAGCUUACUUCUCAGAAAACAAACUGCCGUCGUUUUUCAAGCCACCGACUAAACUUGAAAUGAAUUCGAGUAGUUUGAUCGCUGAAAUUUGCGGCGUGUCGGAAUCCACAGACGGUUUAAUUAAAGGAUAUGGUUCAAUUUCAACCAUGAAGACAAAGCAGAAAAGUACUCUUUUUAGAGCAUCAGCGGAGGAAAAGCAAGUGCUCAAUUUGCCGACCGUUGUCGCUCUUGAUGAGCUAGAUUAUGAACAGGUUGAAGAAAUAACGGCAGUGGAGAAACAGCCAAAGUUUGUGAACGUGGCAGUGGCGAGAACCCUUCGGCCAAAUCGAAUGAGAGACAAAUUGAUCAAUUUUGAGAGCCAGACAGUUGAAGACACGGUCGAAACGCCAGACGUUGAAAUGGCAGAAGAAAUGCCAAACCCUUACCCACACUCAGCAAAUUGCAUCGUAGAAGUAGUUGAGCGCAGUGAGCUGGCCCGUGCGAGUUUGUCGGCGCCUGUUGAAGUUAAGAGGAAUGCAAAGAAAAGAAAGCUAAACGUCGCUGAACGGACAGUUGAGAGUCAGAAGGCUGUUGCUUCUAAAAGUGAGAAAGCCAGUGAUGCCUCGUCAGUGGAAUUAGUGAAAAUGCGGGCCAGGAAAACAGUUCGUUCUAGCAAACGAAGAAAAGAAGGUGAAAGUUACUGCAGUGCAGUUUCAGAUGCUUCUGGCGAAAGUGCAGCAAAGAGGAAGAAAGUGAAAACUUCAAGCGAUACUACUGCGGCUUCAGAAGCACUGCCAGAGAAACUGAGCACAGAAAAGACUUUGGCCGGUAGCGAAAUUAAUCCAGUUUCGACCGGAGCUCAGAAUCAAAAUAUAAAGGUCGAUAAAUCUUACAAUGGAGCUGCAAAGCUUCAUAAUCUAUCAAAUUCUGAGAAACAGAUAUCUAGCUCUGCUUUGUUACCUAAGCCAUCCGCUAGUUCAACAAAGGCAACUAAGUCACCGGAACAACUUAAAACUGUUCCAGACAGUACAGCUGUCUGUCUGCCGGUUCAGAGACCAGCUUUUUUUGUCGCAAAAACAGCAAGUUCUUCUGGAAAAUUGUCCGCUGCAAUUCUGAGCAAACCGAGUCUCGAGGUUCCCAAGAAAUCGCCAGUUGCUGUUCCCGGCAAACCGAGUCACGCGAUGCUUGAGAAACCGGCCACUGUGUUUCCCGAGAAAACGAUCGCUGAAAUUCCCCAGAAACCAAGUACUGCGAUUUCUAAGAAAUUAAACGCCGCAAUUCCUGAGAAAGUCACUGCUACGAAUUGGUCUGAAAAAAUGAAAACUUUGGUUUCAAGUCCCAAGGUCAUACCACUCGUCUCCAAAGAGGUCGCAAGUAAUUCUAAAACACCAUUAGCAAUAUCAACGGCUGACAUGGACGCGGGAAAGGACGCCCCCCUUAUGGCUACAGACGUUCAAGAAUCGUUGUCAAGCGUACCAUUGUCAAAUUCGUUUUCAUUCGAGCCGCGGAAACAUGUGCAACACACUCGGAAAGAGCUGACGGAUUCACAAUUACUCGGCCAAUCAAACUCGUUUUCCAAUAAGAGCCCUGUAGUAGUGCCAUACCUUUUCUUGAGCAACCUUGCCACAAAAAGACCAGCACAUGUGGCUCUCAAUGAUUCUGCGAUGUCAAGAUCGCCUCCUAAAGUUGCCAAACCUGCAUUGCCGACUUCAAACAAGCGGACCGACAGAGAGAGCCGUACUAAAGCUUAUGAAAGAUCUCCUGAAAAGACGACAAGUACGGUGAUAAUACCAUCAAUGAAACAAACAGAGUGCUAUUCUUUACCUCAACGAAUAGACGGCAGGAACAGAAAGCAAUCAGAGGCAAUAAAUAGCCCAAGGAGCUCUAACAUUUCUGGAUAUGGAAGUCAUCGAAAUCAUACCGAUAAACGAUCUAACGAGUCGAAUUCAAGAUGUGUUUUUAUGAGCUCAGAAAAGCUAUCAAAAGAAGUAAAAUCAAGCGGUGUUCCAACGAGUUCAGAAAAUCAAAACAGGGAUUCAAAAUCAGGCACGACAGUUUCCACAGCAUCUUACGAGGAAGCAGGUAUACGAACAAAGCCUAAUUCUUCCUUCUCUUGCACCUCGGAAUUACCAACUAAACAACAGUCAAAAACCACAGUGAUACCUUUGGUACGGACUCAAUUAGCUGAGCUGAGUGGCUGUAGCUCGAACGCAGUCUCAUCAGAAGUCUGUGAGGCUCUUUCGUCAUCGGCAUGUUCCUCCUCAGUUUCUAGAGUUACAUCAGUUCCUUUGACAAUUCAGAAGGCUCUCUCAUCGCCGGCAGUUCCUUCAACAACUCAUAGGUUUUCGUCCUUAUCGACACAUACUGACGAAGAUGAGCCGCCGCCGUUGAAACCCUUUAGACCCUUUGAGACCCAUAACAAUUACAAUGACAACAUAUCUGCAAAAUCUGGGAUAGUUUCAACCGCCCUUUCAUCUGAUGACCUAGGUGACGAUAUAUUCACAGAUGACGUCGGAUGCGCUAAUCAGACGUCACAAAGUAGAAAAUUCGAACGGAAAGGGGACAUAAAUUUCCGUAUCUAUGUGGAAAUUAGUAACCGCUCCACGGCUAUAUCAGGUAAUGCAAUCCAAGAUCUAGCUACCGCUAACACAGGAAGCUUUCCCACUGCAAUUUCGAAUUCACCCAGCUGGAAGCAAUAUAAUUGGAAAAGUUCUGGUACCAGUAGUGAUGCUAGUUCGAAAGUUUCGCCAUCUUCAAAUAAAGCUUUGAAAGAAAGUGGAAAACAUAUCGCAUCGAAGAAAUUUUGCGAGUUGUGCAAAAAGAGCUCCUGUGAGUUGGAAAAGCAUUUUGACAAAUUUCACUGGCCGAAGCCCUCGAUAGAACCAGUACCUGGAUGCCAAAAGUGUGAGGAUUGCGGUCUGUACUUUGGCAAAAGCCUAUACUCGAAGCACCGGAUUCGUUAUCACGAUAGGCUUGGUAGCAAACACAUUUGCUACAGGUGUGGCCUAGAAUUCCAGUGCAAUGGAUAUUUGAUCGAUCACCUGAAGUUCGAACAUAGGGAGCAGUCAAAGCAGAACGUUGACUUGUCAUCAACAGAAGACAAAUACAGAUACCGUUUAGCCCGAAGCGGAGCAGAAUCAAUCGAAUGACUCAUUCGUAGAUGCUUGUUUGUAUGCUGAUGUGCGUUCGCGUUGCAAAAACUCUAGAUACAUAAACUUUGUCGCGGCAAGCAUGGUUUCAGUUUUGCCACAAGUAUUUCAGGACUAUUUCUUGUUCGGUGCUACUUAGCGAUGCCCAUAUCCUUGGUUUAUGUGCUGUGGAUUUUACACAUUUCAAUAAGUUGAAAACUUCUCGCAAAUUGAAAAAUCAAACAACGGAAACUUGCGUUUUUUUGCUCACACGCACUCACGUUCAGUUUCACCUAAGUAUGCUCAGCUCAUUUCAUUGUUUUGGCUACACAGGCGAGGGGCUGAUAGAAUUGAAUUGACACCAAAAAGAAUAUUUGCAUACUUGAAAAAGCGGGAGACUUUUACUAUAGGAAAUAUGGUUUUCUGAAAUACUCCGUGAAAUUGUAUGCGAGUUUAUACGAGAAAUGUUUAUACGAGAUUAGGCUAGGGCAAAAAUUGAAAGAGAAAUUUUUGAGAAUUGAAUUUUGUUCAGUGCAGUUUUCCAACACCUAUGUCGGCCCUGUUCAUAUUUUACACUUGAACAUAGACCACAUUUGUAAAAUGUGAUAUGUCAAAUACAUGUAUCUGUUAGUUUUGUUUAGAUUUAUACAAAUUGCCAA